AUGGAGAGCGGGGCACAGACCAUUUUAAUCAAUGUUGGGCAGCUGGUCGGCCAGGAGUUCUGGCAACUCCGCGCCGUCGGCGGCGAGAUAGCAGAGCUGAAGGAGGAGCUGGCCACCAUGAACACCCUCCUACGCAUGCAGUCUGAAGCCAAUGAAAGUGGCCUGUGCCACUUCGUCCGGGAGUGGAUGAAGCAACUCCGGGAGCUCGCGUACGACGCCGAGGACUGCGUCGACCUCUACCUGUUUCGCAUCAGGUGCCGGCAGGGCGACGGCUUCCUCGUCUGGUCCAAGCGCCUGCUUGCAACGCUUUUCCCUCGCCAUCGCCUCGCCGGCGAGAUCACGGCCCUCGCCUCCGUGCUGUUUCCAUCAGCGAGCGCCAUGCUCGUUACGUCGUCAGCCUCGACUUGCUGGGCGGCGCUGCUUCUUCUGCCCCUGCCCCUUUGGAGGCAGUGGCAGCGUCAGCAAGUGCGCUCCACCCUAACAACAAGGACCCCAACCAGUUGGUCGGCAUCAAGGCCCAGGCUGAGCAACUGGCCAACAAGGUGAAGGCCGGCGAAGG